CUUAUCAACCGAUGAAACCAAACUAAACUGAUUCAAUUUUCGAGUCACAAAAGUUUAACCUAAACCAAAACAAAUCUAUAAAAUUAACCCAAGACCAACCAAAACCGAUGAAAAUUCAAACCUUAAAUCUAAGACCAUCAUUAUCGCGGGAUAUAGAAGGGGUUUCUUACCCUCAAAAAACAUUAAAAUAAUAAAAUAAGUUUAAAUUUGAGAAAGAUCGUUUCUUAUUUGGGGUCUUGAAGAAACGAUUCUUAUUAAACACCUGUGGCCUUCUAAUUGGUCAAGAAAAGUUUUACCCGAAAAAAAAUUUUAGCCGAGAAAAUUUUGUGGUUUCUCGACCAUUUUUGCUUCUCAAAACCUCGACCUCUUCUUCUCCAAUUCUCCACCAGUUAAUCUCAGAUUUCGAUCUUUGCUCCGAACAAAUCAUCACCGCCGAUAACUAGUUCGUUAUCUCCGACGCCUCUAGUAACCUCAGCUGGUAGUAACCUCCACCGCUCGUGACUCCACGGAAUCUUCCUCCUCUACUGAUUCCACCGCCUCUUUCCCUCUCCUCCACCCUCCGCGUUCGAUUGCUGUGACUCUUCCUGUCUCGGUUAACGGCGAAGGAGAUUUCUUCUUCAAACCUCCGAAGAAGAAUCCUAAUCACAAAUCAUCCGGUGGUGGUCUCUCACUCUCUAGAUUCUCCUCCGAAAUUCCAACAACGACGAAUCAUUCUCCUCCUCCUCCUCCUCUUACAAAUUCGCCGCGGCCCUCUGAUGGCGAUGAUACCUCAUCGUCUCUGAUGGGUUCUCUCCUUGCAGGUUCGGCGUUCUGUAUCUAGUUGCAUAGGCAAGUUUUGUGAAUUGGGAUUCACUUUUGGCAUAUGCUUGAUUGGCAAGUUUUGUGGUGUAUGAUUUUGCUUGGCAUUGAAAUUUGAUUUUCUCCAUAGUUUCAACAUGGUGGACUUACCGAGCAAGCUAGAAAAAAACUGGAUCAUACUCGGGAUUUCAGUAACCAAAUCUGAAAGCUUGUAUGUCAAUUAACAGCAUUGCUUUGGCUGAAAUGGAAGUUCAAUGUACAGGCUAAAUGAAUCUGAUGUUUUGGGAGGAACUUAGCAUUGGCAAAAUCAAGUUCAAGGCAUUUGAUUUGGGAGGCCAUCAGAUUGCAAGAAGAGUUUGGAAAGAUUACUAUGCCAAGAAAAAGAGAGCUCACGCUGAGCAAAAGUGGCAAGUAAAGGCGGACAUGGAUGCUCCAUCUGAAUCCAGUGAUCGUUCUGCCUCCAUUGUUGUAGAGGCAGUAAACGGCCAAUUUCCUGGGCUGAGUCUUGAGGAAAGCAACACCAAUGUUCCAGUCCACAACCACAGUGUGCAAAAUCUAGUAUGGAAGCCUAAGUCAUAUGGAACCAUUAGUGGAUCAUCUUCGGCUUCAGUCUCAUCUGGAGAUGCAACACCUCAAAAAGUUGGUCUCAAUCAGAGCAAAUUGUUCGGAGGUAAUUUCUUGGAAAAUUUCACUGUGGACAAGUCGACUUAUUGUCAUGCCCAGAUCAGAGCCACUUUCUAUCCAAAGUUUGAGAAUGAAAAGACUGACCAAGAGAUAAGAACACGAAUGAUUGAGAUGGUAUCUAAAGGGUUGGCAACGUUGGAGGUAUCUCUUAAGCAUUCAGGCUCUCUCUUUAUGUACGCCGGUCACACGGGAGGAGCAUAUGCAAAGAACAGUUUUGGUAAUAUUUAUACUGCGGUUGGUGUUUUUGUUCUUUCACGGAUGUUCAGGGAAGCUUGGGGAACUAAUGCUUUAAAGAAACAGGCAGAAUUCAAUGAUUUUCUUGAGAAAAGUCGCAUGUGCAUAUCUAUGGAACUGGUUACAGCUGUUCUCGGAGAUCAUGGUCAACGCCCACUGGAUGAUUAUGUGGUAGUGACGGCUGUUACCGAGUUAGGUAAUGGUAAGCCCAAGUUCUAUUCAACUUCAGAAAUAAUUGCAUUUUGCCGGAAAUGGCGUCUACCAACAAAUCAUGUUUGGCUGUUUUCCACAAGGAAAUCAGUGACCUCUUUUUUCGCCGCAUUUGAUGCACUCUGCGAAGAAGGGAUAGCAACCUCAGUCUGUAGGGCUCUUGAUGAAGUAGCUGAUAUAUCGGUCCCAGGUUCUAAGGACCAUGUGAAGGUGCAGGGUGAGAUAUUAGAGGGUCUUGUGGCGCGUAUCGUGAGCAGUGGGAGCGCCAAAGAUAUGGAAAAUGUCUUGAGAGAUCAUCCUCCACCACCCUGUGAUGGAGCUAAUCUUGAUUUGGGACUCAGUCUAAGAGAGAUAUGUGCUGCCCAUAGGUCUAACGAGAAACAGCAAAUGAGAGCACUUUUAAAGAGUGCUGGCCCAAGCUUUUGCCCCAGUGACUUGGAUUGGUUUGGAGAUGAAUUUGUAGAUUCUCAUUCGAAAAAUGCUGACAAAUCUGUUGUAACAAAAUUCCUGCAAUCUCAGCCUGCAGAUUAUUCGACGAGUAAAUUACAGGAAAUGGUACGCUUGAUGAAGGAAAAACGUCUUCCAGCCGCAUUCAAGUGUUACCAUAAUUUUCAUAGAGCUAAUGACCUAUCACCUGACAACCUAUUUUAUAAAUUGGUUGUUCAUGUGCACAGUGAUUCAGGAUUUAGGCGGUACCAGAAAGAGAUGAGGUACAUGCCUAGUUUGUGGCCUUUAUAUAGAGGUUUCUUUGUUGAUAUUAAUUUAUUCAAGGCAAACAAAGGGAGUGAACCGAUGGCUGUGAAAAGCAUUGACAGUGAGGGAAAAGAUGACAGUGAAAAUUGUGGUCAACUAAGAAAAGAUGGUUUGGCUGAUGAUGAUGCUAACUUAAUGAUCAAAUUGAAGUUUCUCACAUACAAGUUGAGAACCUUUCUGAUCCGCAAUGGCCUAUCAAUUCUAUUCAAAGAGGGGCCAGCAUCUUAUAAAGCCUUCUACCUUAGGCAAAUGAAAAUAUGGGGGACUUCAAAUGGAAAGCAGAAAGAACUUUGCAAGAUGCUUGAUGAAUGGGCUGCUUAUAUAAGAAGAAAGUGUGGGAAUAAGCAGCUAUCUUCAUCAAUAUAUCUAAGUGAAGCUGAGCCAUUCCUGGAGCAGUACGCGAAACGGAGCCCAAAAAAUCAGGUUUUGAUUGGGUCUGCUGGGAAUCUAGUGAGAGCUGAGGACUUCUUGGCCAUUGUUGACGAUGAUCUAGAUGAAGAAGGCGAUCUUGUGAAGAAAGAGGGAGUGUCACCAGCUACUCCUGGGCCAGCUGUGAAGGAAGGUGUCCAGAAGGCUGAGGGGUUAAUUGUGUUCUUCCCAGGAAUUCCUGGAUGUGCUAAAUCUGCACUUUGUAAGGAGUUAUUGAACGCCCCUGGAGGCUUUGGAGAUGAUCGGCCAGUGCAUACUCUGAUGGGUGACCUUGUCAAAGGUAAAUAUUGGCCAAAGGUUGCUGAUGAACGUCGUAUAAAGCCACAAUCUAUAAUGUUGGCUGACAAAAAUGCCCCGAAUGAAGACGUCUGGAGACAGAUUGAAGACAUGUGUCGGAGAACUAGGACUUCUGCAGUUCCAGUCGUUCCUGAUUCUGAAGGAACCGAUUCAAAUCCAUAUUCACUUGAUGCAUUAGCUGUUUUCAUGUUCCGUGUACUGCAACGAGUAAACCAUCCGGGGAAUCUUGACAAGGCAUCUUCGAAUGCAGGCUAUGUGCUAUUGAUGUUUUACCACCUUUAUGAGGGAAAGAACCGCAAAGAAUUUGAGAGUGAAUUGAUUGAGCGCUUUGGCUCCCUCGUCAAGAUGCCACUGUUGAGAUCAGACAGGAGUCCUUUACCUGAUCCUGUUAAAUCGAUUCUUGAGGAAGGCAUAGACUUGUUCCAGCUCCACAGUAGAAGACAUGGGAGACUUGAGUCGACAAAAGGAACAUAUGCAGCGGAAUGGACCAAAUGGGAGAAACAGCUGAGAGAUACUUUAGUUGCAAAUUCUGAGUAUCUCAAUUCUGUUCAGGUUCCGUUUGAGUCUGCGGUUCUGCAAGUGCGAGAAGAGCUAAAGAGAAUCGCUAAGGGUGAAUACAAACCACCAAGUUCAGAGAAAACAAAAUAUGGGUCUAUUGUUUUCGCUGCCAUCAACUUGCCUGUAACUCAAGUCCACAGUCUUGUUGAAAAGUUGGCGGCAGCAAACCCAACUGUGAGAUCUUUUCUAGAGGGAAAGAAGAAGAGCAUAGAGGAAAAACUUGAACGGGCUCACGUGACGCUUGCCCACAAGAGAAGCCACGGCGUAGCAGCUGUAGCCAACUACGGUCAGCACUUGAACAGAGAGGUACCGGUAGAAGUCACAGAGCUCAUAUUCAACGAAAAGAUGGCUGCCUUAACAGCCCAUGUAGGAUCUGUGGACGGAGAGACCAUAGUCUCCAAGAACGAAUGGCCACAUGUUACGUUGUGGACUGCGGAAGGCGUUACAGCCAAAGAGGCCAACACUUUGCCUCAGCUUUACGCAGACGGAAAGGCGAGCCGCGUGGUGAUAGAUCCUCCGGUCUCAAUCUCAGGUCCUCUGGAGUUUUUCUGAGUACUUGAUACGUAUGAAGUUGCUCUCUCUUCAGGUUGCUCGUGAAAUGGGACAUUUCAUGGUAUUUUAAUAAAUUGUUUCCAUUGUCAUGAGAUUUUGAGGUUCAUGUAUGUUAUUUGUUUAUUGUUUUAUUUGGUGUGGA